GGGCGGAAGGCGGCUGCGGGUUGGUGUCUGGGAGUGAGAGCGCCUUGCUAGGAUGAACGCCCCUCCGGCCUUCGAGUCGUUCUUGCUCUUCGAGGGCGAGAAGAAAAUCACCAUUAACAAGGACACCAAGGUGCCCAACGCUUGCUUGUUCACCAUCAACAAAGAAGACCACACUCUGGGGAACAUCAUUAAAUCGCAGCUGUUGAAGGACCCGCAGGUGCUGUUUGCCGGCUACAAAGUCCCUCACCCCUUGGAGCACAAGAUCAUCAUUCGUGUGCAGACCACCCCAGACUACAGCCCCCAGGAGGCUUUCACCAAUGCCAUCACAGACCUCAUCAGUGAGCUCUCCCUCCUGGAGGAGCGAUUCCGGGUGGCCAUCAAGGACAAGCAAGAAGGAAUUGAGUAGCAGCUGAAAGAAGCUCAGUGGCUGUAAGGCUGGUGCGUGUAUCUGCCCUUCUCCGUCCACCACGAUGGCGACAGCCACUCUCAGCUCUCCAGCUGGGCACAGGACACUGUCCCAUUCUGUACAUAGACUGUUAUUUUCCUAAUAAAGUACAGCAAAAGAGGGGCUGUGCGGCAUGUGGCCUGUCACUGAGACCCAAACCACAGGCUGGGCAGAACCUGGGACUGCUGGGCCUGCCUGAGUUAAGCAAGGUAGGAGCCCCAGUGGAGCCUGUGUGACUGCACUCACUUCCGACAGUAGAAUUUAAUAAAAAAUACUCACUGGU